AUGUGGAGGGACUUUCAGUCCUUCGUCUCCUCGACUCCUGACGCCCUUGCUAUUGCUUGCGUCCAUCAACAACCAGGACUCUUCGGCAUCCCUAAUCUGCCGCUGGACCACGAUGCAUUUCGUGAGCACCCUUACCUCCGGUGGUCCUUCAGGAGUCUCAGCCGGGGGAUUGAUCGACUCGUCAGGGCAUGGAAGCCACUAGGCGUGAAGCCAGGCACGCCGUUGGUGACCUUUUGUCACAACAGCGCCGAUUACGUGCUGGCAUGCUACGCUGCAAUCAAGCUCGGCUGCGUUAUCAUCCCGAUCAGUCCUCGCAACCUGACGAAUGAGGAAGAAGUCAGACACAUGGUCAAGACAGCCCUGAGCGUCUGCAACGGGGAGAAGCCGGUCGUCAUCGCGGGAGACGAACACUUGGCUUACCAAGUAGACGAGUCCAAGCUCUUCCCUGAGCCUCCACACAAGAUCGUCUUUGGCGCCAAUAGAUAUGCAGACUGGACUACCUUCCAGAGCUUCAUGGACCAGACCGUCCAGGGUGCUGAGGACGGCGCCCUGACUCCUUCGACCCCGGACGGCGGCGGGUCAGUUCUCUUCACCUCCGGCACGACAUCCCUGCCCAAGGGCAUCUUCCGCACGCAUUCGACCUGGGGUUUGGCAUUUGUGGGCCGGAACAUGCUCGACGGGGCCAUGUUACCGGGCGAACGCAGCUGUUGCAGUCUUCCCAAUAACCACGCCAUAGGUUUUAUCACCCUCACCAACUCACUAAGCUUGGGCGGCGGAGUUGUAUUCCCUGGGGCCGCCUUUAAUCCCGAGACUAUGCUGGAGACGCUUUACAACGAAAGAAUCACGCAUGUAAUAAUGGUCCCGACAAUGCUACACGCAUUGACAUCUGUCAAGGCAGCAAAGUAUCCCGACAGACCACUAUCUGACCUGAAGAAUGUCAGCUUUGGAGGCUCUACCCUGACUCCAGAAACACUGAGCCUCGUCACGCAAGAACUUGGCGGUGGCGGCGCAGAAAACAUCUUCGGUUGCACCGAAGGCGUGUUGUUAUCCAGCAAAUGUACGAACGACUUCAGCAAGAUCGUAGACGGGGACGAGGUGUCGGUUGGUUGGCCAAUGCCAGGCUUCGGCGCGCGGAUAGUCGACCCUGAGACGGGCGAGACACUUCCGCGAAACACUAUCGGAGAGCUCGCUGGCUGCGGACCUAGCAUCGACGGGCCUUAUAUUGGCGGUGUAGGCAAGGAGAAUUGGUAUGAGAAGGACGGAAAACUCUGGUACAAAACAGGUGAUGCUGGUCGAAUGGAUGAACAGGGCCGGACAUUCAUCACGGGGAGAUAUAAAGAGAUGAUCAUCCGUGGGGGUGAGAAUAUCUCACCUGUAGCCAUUGAGGGCAUUCUGGGCAAGAACCCGAGGCUGAGCGCACUCGUCCCGCAGAUAGUCGGCGUAAAGGACGAGAUCGCCGGCGAGGUGCCCGUCUGCGUUAUCAAAGGGCCCGCUGACCCAGAGAUUCGUGAGCUGAUCCAGUCCGAGAUCGUGCAACACAUGGGAACCCUCUAUGUCCCGGAAGACGUCAUCUCCGUCAAGGCACUCAACUUGGAGGACUAUCCACGAACGACCUCUGGCAAAAUCCAAAAGGCGAAACUCGCCGCAUUGGUCAAGAAACACCUUUCCAAGAGCGAGGCAAUCGUGGACAGCACCAUAAGGAAUGAAGCUAGCCUCACCGAGGAACUGAGAUUAAUCUGGGCGAAAGCCGUUGGCCUGGAGCCUUCGAGGAUCCGGCUCGACGCUCCCGUUGGCGAAUUUGCCGAUAGUAUCACGGUGAUGCGCGUGAGAGACAGGAUCAAGCGCACGACCGGCAAGGCUCUGUCGCUGUCUGCCAUGGCAGAGGCAGGGACCAUCGAGGGCCAGAUUAAGUUGCUGCAGAGUAUGGGAGCUGGCCAAGCAAACGGGGCUCAGGAGGUAGCCGUCAAGAGACCAACUCGCCAGGGCACACCAGAGGUGGAGGAUAUGGCCCAUCUGCUCGAAGACCCUGAGCUCCUGGAGCCAACGAAGGAGCUUGUGGUCAAGACGAUUUCCAGCUUAGGUUUGGGCUGGGAAGACGUCGAGGACAUCAUCCCUGCCUACGACUUCGGCACGAUUAUGUCGCAGACGAAGCUGUAUGACAGUUGGAAUUUCAACUUCGCUAUAAACCCAAGCCAGAAGCUCAACAAAGAGCAAAUCCGUCGAGCUUUUGAAGCCGUCGUGAUGAAUAACCGGAUACUCGCAUCUUUUCUCGUUUGGGACUCUGAUAAGCUCAAUUCGAAUGACGCCCUCCACGUGAUUGUGAAGCGAAGUCCAAAGUUCUUUGACUUCGUUGUAGAAGAUGGCGGCUCUCUCGACACCCUCGAAGACCUGAGGCAGGUCUCGUUGCACCACCCCCACCCAGACUAUGCCACACUCCCCGGCCCAGUCUACCGCACCAUGCUGUUCGACAUCAAGGAAACUGGCUCUGCUGCAAUGGUAACGUCUGUCCACCACUGUGUCAUCGACGCGUCCAUGGGCCAAAUCACGUCGGAGGACAUGGACCGGGCGCUCGGAGCCAUCGCCUCAGGUGCAGUUUCGACCGAGGACAUAUUGUCAAAGCUCCACCCUCACGUGGAUUACAAGCCAUGGGCAGACUCUUACUACAACCUGCGAUCUGGCGUCGAGGCUCGUGCUGCGACAAAGUGGCAUCUCAGGCGUCUAUCCUCACUGCCACAACACGCUGAGGCUGGCGCCCUGUUCCCAUCCACCCUCAUAACACCGCGCGACAAGUACAAUGCCGCACUGGUGGAGGGUGACGACUGCAUCCAGUUCUUGUUCGAUACUCCCGAUAUUCACGCCCUUCGUAAAGAGUUCCCGGACAUCACAGCACAGGCGGUAGUCAAGAGCGCGGUGGCGCUGAUGAACGUCUAUCGGACGGGACACUCGCACGCGCUCUUCACCAACCACGAGGCGGCGCGGACGUACUUCCCCUUCAUCCCCAAGGCGAUGGAAGACCUGAGCCCGAAGCUGUUCGAGGCGACGGACGUGAGCGGGCCGACGUACCAGAACGUCAUCAACCUGAUCGAGGUCAACAGAUCGAGCGGGGAGACGGUGCUGCAGUUCUUCAAGAGGGUGCAGGGCGAGCAGACGCUCCUGACCAAGUACGCGGCCGCACCGCUGAGGGAGAUCAUGGCCGGCCUCAGCAAUGGCGAGAAGCUGGUGCCGGAGGUGAUUGGGGCGCAGGUCUACAACUGGGUCCCCGGCCUCCAGGGGGCCAUCGGGGGCACGAACCCGCAUCACCACCACGAGGUGUUGAGUGCGGUGGUCAGACCGCACCUGGGGCUCAGCCUGAACUGUGGGCUGGGAGGCCCCGAGAAUCAGACUGUUAUUGUGCAGGUCCGUGGCGAUGGGUUCGAACUGGAUGGGCUGCGAAAGAUCGGCGAAGAGAUUGAGGCCAUCACGAAGUGGCUUGUGACGAGGUCGAAUUGGGAAGUUCCCGUGGGGCAGUUUGAAACAUCUCUCAAGGUUUAG